UGGUGAAGGCAGUUCUGAGGAUGUUCCAGCUUCGCUCAAGACUCCUGUUCCUUCCCCUCCUUUUUGGGAUAGUGCAUACAGCUCCUGCUUCAGAGGGUGGUGGAGAAGAGCAGCCAGAGGAGAUCGUUCUAAGCUUUCCCAGGGAUGAAGCCAGUCUGAACGAAAUGUUUCGUGAAGUUGAAGAGCUGAUGGAGGAUACUCAGUACAAGCUGAGGAAUGCAGUCAAAGAGAUGGAGGCAGAGGAAGAAGGUUCUAAAAGGAUAACAGAAGUUGACUUUGAGCAACUGCCUGCCAACUACCACAAUGAAUCCUACACAGAUACAAAAAUUGGAAAUAAAACCGUACAUAUUCAUCAAGAAAUUAAUAAGGCAACAGAUAACCAAACUGGAUCUACUAGCUAUUCUGAAACAGUUAUUACAUCAAUACAAGAAGGAGAGCCCAAGAAGAAUCAUGAGUGCAUUAUUGAUGAAGAUUGUGAGACUGGAAAAUACUGCGAAUUCUCUGGUUUGGAGUACAAGUGUCAUAUUUGCAAAACUCAACACACUCAUUGCUCUCGAGAUGUAGAGUGCUGCGGACACCAGCUCUGUGUCUGGGGUGAAUGUGUGAAAGCUGCCUCAAGAGGGGAAAACGGAACAAUUUGUGAGAACCAGCAUGAUUGCAAUCCUGGAAUGUGUUGUGCAUUUUCAAAAGACCUUCUCUUCCCGGUGUGCACUCCGUUGCCUGGAGAGAGAGAGCCUUGCCAUGACCCUUCAAACAGGCUUCUCAACCUAAUUACUUGGGAGCUGGAGCCCGAUAGCGCCCUUGAUCGCUGCCCAUGUGCUCAUGGGUUGAUUUGUCAGAUGCAGAGCCUUACCAGCGAUUCUCUCUGUGAACUAUCCUUUAACAAGAACCGAACAGGCAACAAGGAGAAUCCUUUGCUAGUGGAUAAAAUAUCACAUCUGGAUUUUGUAACCCAAGAUAUUCCUGGUGAUUAUGAAGAGAGACUGAUCAAAGAAGUGCAAAAAGGUUUGGAGGAAGAAGUGACUGAUUCAGAGGAACUGGAUAUGGCUAGCGAUCUGCUUUUUGGAGAUGAAAUCUGAAUUAGCGAAUCAAGUUAAUUGGUCACUCACAAACUUAGCAGUUGAGAUAGCGAAUUGUUUGAUACACCCCCACCUCUCUCUCUCUCUCUAUGCUGGAUAGAAGUGCAAUAAUUGAGAAUAUAUGUUACAUGGUUAACCUCUGCCCUUUAUUAUCAGUUGACAUUUGAUCUUCUAAAGCUCAAACCAAAUUCUACAUUAAAGCUUCAAAAAAGGGCAGUGGCUUCCUUUAUGGACAAGUUCUUGAGUUUCAAACCAGACAUAUUUUCAGCUUGUUAAUCAAUAGAUUAAUUUAAGUCUAUUUAAGAUUAUUGGUGGUGGUUUGAGCUCUGCAUUUUAUGUAUAUAUUGUUUGUUCGUUUAAGAAGUAAUUCUCAGAAGAAUCUUGAUUUUUAGGAUGGGCAUUGGUUUUUAAUUACGUAUACUUUUCUUUUUUAAAAAAAUAUAAUCAAUGAAAUUGCAAUAAAUACCAUUGUUUUGUGUGUUUUUAAAUAGCAACUACAGAGCCUUGUCCUUUCAGAUAAGGUAUAAAAGAUAAGAGUUUUGGCCCAUUGGAAAGCACAAGGGGCAGUGUGAGAUUUAGUAGGAGUAAGAAGCACUUCUGAUCUCUCAGGAUCCUUUUGUGCAAUGGAGCUCUAAUUUUAAACAGAUGGUAGUGAUCAUACCUCUAGCUAGCUAUUUUGCUCACUCCAAGAGUAAGUAUUA